AUGAAGGAACAUCUAAUGCUCAAUAUUGAUGACCUAAGCAUUCCUGAGCCAAAUGCGGUCACUGGGGCAGUCAUCAAGAAUAAAUCAUCUGGGGAAACCAUUGCACAUCCACCCUCCAUGGCUCAUGCCAUUUUAGCAGUGGGAGAAAGCAUGGUUUCUGAAGAGGAACCUCUUCUGCAGGUGGUGGAGUGUCGCAUUUGUCAGGAGGAAGAUAGUAUUAAAAAUCUAGAGAGUCCAUGUGCUUGCACUGGCAGUCUAAAGUAUGCUCAUCGGGCAUGUGUACAACGAUGGUGCAAUGAGAAAGGAGAUGUAACAUGUGAAAUAUGUCAUGAGCCUUAUGAACAUGGGUACACUGCACCUCCGAGAGCUCAUCCUGAUGAAACUACCAUUGAUAUAAGUGGUGGGUGGACUAUUACUGGUACUGCAUUUGACUUGCGUGAUCCUAGGAUACUUGCAGUGUCACAAAACCACAUCAUGGAAGCUGAAUAUGAUGAUUAUUCUGCCACAAAUGCCAGCACUGCUGCCUUUUGCCGCUCUGCUGCUCUUGUUUUAAUGGCUCUCUUAUUGUUGAGACACGCACUGACUCUAACUGAUGAAGAUGAUGACGACACUUCAGCAAUGUUUUCAUGCAGCUCUAGGGCCUUCUGUAAAUCCCUAAUUGCCUAUUGUGUCUGUCCAGGAGGCAGCUGCUUUGCUGCAACGGAGGUGGCAUUCAUCCUGCAGUCGGGGCAAGGAAGGGGAGUGCACUUCACCAUCGCACCGGACUCCCCAGCCACACCACAGCAUGAACCACCGCAGCCAUAA